AUGGCUUCGAGAGGAGUCGUCUUGCGUCUUUUGAGACGCGAGGCGCGGUCAAACCCCUCUCGAUUCUCAAGGCCAUCCUCAACGUUAUGCUCUGCUCCACGAGUUUCAACCACAGCCUCCGGCAAACGAACUAGUAUCCGCUGCUCGGCCCUUUCAACACCGAGCCAGACUCGCGCAUUUUCGCAGUCGAUAUCAAGAAAACUUACCGAUGAGAACGGUCAUUUUGAUCCGCGACAGGUUGAGAGAGAGUCAGACGAGGUGGACGUUUGUAUUGUCGGCGGCGGUCCUGCGGGUCUCGCUGCUGCCAUUCGAUUAAAACAACUUGCCAAUGAAGCUGGAAAUGAAGAAUUCCGAGUUAUCCUCUUGGAGAAGGCCGGUGAAGUCGGUGCACAUAUUUUGUCAGGCAACGUCCUUGAACCUUCUGCCAUGAACGAUUUGUUACCAGACUGGCUGUCGAAAGAAAAUCCUUCGCGAUUCGAGGGCGCUACACCGGCUAAGGAGGAUAAAAUGCGGUUUUUGACGCAAAACUCAUCAAUUCCGAUCCCGUCACCGCCGCAGAUGAACAACCAUGGGAACUAUAUCAUCAGCUUGAAUGAGCUGACGAAGUGGCUGGCUGAGCGGGCUGAGGAGCUGGGAGUUGAGAUAUACGCCGGAUUUGCUGCGAGCGAAAUCGUUUACAACGCAGAAGGUGCGGUGAAAGGUGUAGCAACGAACGAUCUCGGUGUCGCUCGGGACGGUAAAGCUAAAGAUACCUUUGAACGAGGAAUGGAGUUCCAUGCCCGCGUCACCCUCCUCGGAGAGGGCUGCCACGGUAGCUUGACCAAGCAGGUUACCAAGAGGUACGAUCUUAGACGCGAUAGCCAACCGCAGACAUACGGUCUUGGUGUAAAGGAGAUUUGGGAAAUUCAACCCGAGAAGUUCAAGUCGGGCGAGAUUACACAUUCCAUGGGGUACCCAUUACCAAAGGAUACCUACGGUGGAGCUUGGAUGUAUCAUUUUGGCGAGAACAUGGUCAGCAUUGGUUUAGUUGUCGGCCUUGAUUAUCCGAACCCUUGGUUGUCUCCAUACGGGGAAUUCCAGAAGCUCAAGCACCAUCCUCUGUUCCGCGAUGUGUUGGAAGGCGGAAAGUGCAUUUCGUACGGCGCCCGAGCAUUGAACGAGGGUGGUUUCCAGUCGAUCCCCAAAUGUGCUUUUCCAGGAGGUGCAUUGAUUGGCGAUAGCGCCGGAUUUCUCAACGUCCCAAAGAUUAAGGGAACGCAUACCGCGAUGAGGUCGGCAAUGUUGGCUGCAGAGUCCACAUUCAACGCCCUUAAGGACGACGCUGGCGGCACCGUCUUCCUGUUCGAUUAUGAAGAUGCUCUGCGUAAGUCUUCAAUUUGGAAGGAGCUAUACGAGGUCCGAAACAUGCGACCUUCUUUCAGCACUCCUCUUGGUCUUUAUGGAGGUAUUAUGUAUUCCGGUCUCGAAGCCUAUAUUCUCCGGGGCCGCACACCAUGGACGCUGAAGCACCACAGCACAGAUGCGGCAGCGACCAAGCCGGCUUCUGAGUGCGAGAAGAUCGAGUAUCCCAAGCCUGACGGCAAGAUCAGCUUUGACAUUCUGACCAGCGUCAGCCGAACGGGUACCAAUCAUGAAGAAGACCAGCCUGUGCAUUUGCAGGUGAAGGAUUGGGAUAAACACACAGAAAUUGCCUGGCCCAAAUACAAGGGCGUUGAGAACCGCUUCUGCCCUGCUGGAGUGUACGAAUAUGUAGAGGAUUCAACCAAACCACUCGGUGUUCGCUUCCAGAUCAAUGCUCAAAACUGUAUUCAUUGCAAGACAUGUGACAUCAAGGUCCCGACCCAGGAUAUCAACUGGCAAACCCCUCAAGGUGGAGAAGGUCCGAAAUACUUUAUGACAUAG